CUACAUGCACAUAAAUGCUUAUUAGGACACCUGCAGUAGCUUGGCAACGCCGACUUUGUCAAACGACAUUCCAUUUGCGGAGUGCGCUCUGAAAGCGCCCGCCGUUUCCCUAUUCAAACAUGUAUAUUGCGUAUGCAGAGUCCAGAGCAAGCCUAAUAGCGGAAUGGACGCAGCAGCAGCUGGAUAUGGCACGGCAGGUGGUCGUGGUCGAUGACGUUCCGUGGCGCCUGCAGCAACAGCAAGCAGGCCCGGAACUUCCGGAAGCGGGAGGGCUGGGCGGCGAGGGUGGCGCCACAGGGCGCCUUCCGUUGCUGCAGCGAGUGGGUGGACUCGACAUCUCCUUUGUGGAGGUUGAGCCCAGCAACAGCAGCAGUGGAAGCCCAGCCCAGCAGGCGCAGCGGCAGCCUGAAGGGACACACGAGCAGCGCCAGGGCCAACGACAGCAGUCGCUGGCUGCGUGCCCGGUAGACGGGCAGGGGGGCGACCACCAGGGGCAGGGGUCAGCCUUGCAGCAGGCUAGCAGCGGCAGCGGCACGGCGGGUGCCCGGGAGAACGAGGGCGCGGCAGGCGGUGAGGACGAAGACGGGGUCGAGGACGGCGGCCCCACCUCUCACGGCCCUGGGGUGGCGGCGCUGGUGGUUUGUAGCUACCCGGACAUGGCGGUGCUGUAUGAGGACUACCAGCCCGUGGACCUGGCCAUCCCCUACCUGCCCGGGUUCCUGGGCUUCCGCGAGGCAGCCGCCUACAAGGUGCUUCUGGAGCGGGUGCGGGCUCGUGCGCUGCAGCUGGAGCCGCAGGUGUUGCUGGUGGAUGGCUGCGGCGUGUUGCACCCGCGCGCGUGCGGCAGCGCCUGCCAGGUGGGUGUGGUGUGCGGCUACCCGGCAGUGGGUGUGGCCAAGAACCUGCUGGUGGUGGAUGGCCUCGACCGCUGGGAGGUGCGGAGGCAGCUGGAGGCGCGACGGCAGGCGCAGCAGCAGGAGCAGGCGCAGGCGAAGCAGGGACAGGCGCAGGACGGGCAGGAGCAGGCGCGGGGGCAGGAGGCGGACUUGCAGGCGGCAGCUGCAGAGGCCCAGCGUCGAGGCCAGGGACCUGUGCCCGGUGCGUCGGAUGCAGCAGCAGCAGCAGCAGCAGCAGCAACAACAACAACAGCUACGGACCAUCCACCAGCUGCGGGCAAGGCAGGCGCCUCCACAGCCGCGCAAACAACAACAGCCGGGGCGAAAGCGCACCGGAAACCUGCAGCCGCGGUUGAAGGGGCGGCUGCGGCGGCGGUGGCGCCUCAGGAUGUGCAGGUGCCGCUGCGCGGCGUCAGCGGGGCGGUGCACGGAGCAGCGUUGUGUCCGGGCGCCUCGCGAAGGCCGCUGUUCGUCAGCGUGGGCCACCGGCUGAGCCUGGCCAGUGCGGUGGAGCUGGUGGCACGCUGCUGCCUGCACCGCAUACCCGAGCCCAUCCGCCAGGCUGACCUGCGCUCCCGCCAGUGGCUGCGCACCCACCUGCCGCCGGGUGCUGCUACUGCCGCCGCCGCUGAUGCUUCUGCUGCUACUGCCGCCGGUGCUGGCUUUUUAACGAGUGGCGCGUCGCCGUUGGUAGGGUAGGCUGUGUUGUAAUGUCUCAAGAUUCUUAGCGUGCGUGUGCCCCGCCGUUCAGUCGUGGUCCGCUGCUGUUUUGAAAGUCUGCAAGGCGAUCAGCGCUGUAAUGUGAUAUACUCAGGGUUGUGUGGCGGUCGCCAGUGGGGCUAACGGCCCCAAGGGAUAAGGACCUUGGCGACUCCCUUGAAGUCGAGAGGGAGUGGCCGUAUUGUGUGCGUAGAGUGCGGGACUGCUGGCGGCGUCGUCGCGCGACAGAACUGGGAGCACGCAGGGACCUGGGCAGAUGCCGGCAGCGGCUUCUUUUGUAAAAGCAAGCCAGG